AUGCAGCAUUCCUCUUCAUCUGGCACCGCCGCCAUUCUCACUGCACUGCUGUUCGCUGGUGCUGAUGUCUCCCUCCCCGCACGACAGCUCAACCCGCUACCGCCUUCUCCACCAGCACAGCUAGCUGCCAUCAACCACUCGAUUGCGGAACCGGGAAGGCCUCUGCAUCCUCAACCUGGUCCUGAGUAUUUUGCUGAACUUCGCUGGCGAGUUCAGGAAGCAAGCAAGCACCCGCCGCCGGUGGCGCCCAACGCCCUUGCCGGCCCCUCCCCUGAUUCAAUGGUCGUUGACAAUGCGCCUCGAACAACGAUUGCCCAGCACAACACCGACAAUGACAACAAUUACACAGUGGAGGUGGAGGAAUGGGACAGCGAUGAAGAUGAGCCAGACGAUGACCAUGAGGAUGAACAAACCAAUCUACCUCCCCCCACUCAUCACACAGUGGAGGUGAGGAGGCGGAGGAAGACCCAGAACCGGAUUUCGAACAAGGCGCCGAUCGUUUUCUUGUACCGGCCCAUGCUCACGGCGCCGUCAUUGAACUCGAUUCUACCCCCUCCCCCCUCCCCUCCACCCCUCCACCUCAGUCCAUGUGACAUCUUCAGGGACUACAUUCACUACCCCUCUGUCGAUCUGGCGUAUGUGCACACCUUGUUUGAAGGCCAUACCAUUGAGCAACGCUUUGGUGUACCUCAUCAUGCCCCCCCACCCCGAGCCGACCCUCUGCUGCCAUUACUAAUUCUGCAGCACAUUAAGCAGGAGGAGAUCAUUUCCUUGCACUGGGUGCUCAUCCAGGACAUCCCAGGUAUUGAAUCGACGCCGGAGCGCUAUGUUACAAACUGCAAUCGGACUAUCAGACGCACUGAAGAGCUGAUGGAGCUCGCCAGCAUCCACAACCGGGAUCUCUUGCAUAUCAAUGCUCGCCUUGAUCGGUUCCGUGCAAGACUCCACGACACCUUGGCUGCUGCCACUGAUGCCUCUCCUGCAUCCGGCUCUGGCGCCCCAUCAGCCUCAAACGCCGGUGAUUCUUAG